AUGGCCGGCAGGAUCUUAUAUCCUGCAUCCCCUGCUGUUUCGAUUGAGACUCUUCCCAAUGAACUUCUUGACCAUGUUCUCUCCUAUCUCUCUUCGGACCCUCCUCCCUCUGCACAGAACCUGCGUCAAGUGCCCAAUUACAACAUCACAUCGUCCCCUGGCGUAGAUCUGAAAAAUGCUUCACGAACUUCUUCUCGUUUUCGAGAUCUGGCCCGGCCUCUCCUCUUCGCUUACACCCGCCAUGAGUUACGAGAUCAAGGACGUUUCCUAGCCUUCCUUCGCCAGCACGGGCUUGCUCGACAUGUACAAUCUGUCGUGGUUUCCGUGCACUCCAUAUUUCCUGGUAGUGAGAAAUCUCAAUGGUGGAAGAUGUUGCUGGAGGAGGUUGACCCACAGGACAUCACGAUCAUAGCUCCACCUUAUGUGUUUGCGGAUAUGGCGCUUUGCAAUUUAAAUAGCGCUCACUCCUGGGCGUUUGAGCUGCCCCUCCAAACCAUGCAAUUUCACCAACCGGCUCAGAGGCUGCUUGAUUUUGCAGCACCAGAGGCGGAUGAUACGUUCUUUAGCGUCAGACCAUGGACGGAAAUUCUGUUCAACGAGGGCUCUUCGUUAAAAGCAUAUAGCAACUACGAAUACUACCUCCUUCGCGUCCCUUCGCUUAUGGAACACUGGGGUGCUGUUGAUCCUCUCCAAUCCAAGGAUCUACCGUAUCCUGUCGGAGCUAUUUCCCGCCUAACUUCGUUCCAUUACACUGCUGUUUUCCCUUUCUACAAUCACACCAACUUAGUUCUAAAGGUGAUCCGUAACAUGUCCAACCUUCGCCACUUAAGCUUCCAGCUUGCACCGGAACCAACUAGCACAAUUUUCGAGGAGGAACAACGAACAGGGACGCUGGAUCCUAACGACCCAUGGAUGGAGCUGGAUACAAGUUACUCGCUAAUAUCACAUUCGGUCAGAUAUCUUGGCGUACAGGGAAAACUUGUUGAGUUCCGAUCAUUUGACUUCCAGCUUGAAGCACUGAGGGACAAUCUGGUUUCUAGAAUUGGAUCAAAACUGAAGGGGAAGUGGGUUCACGACGGAUGUGGACUGUGGUUGAAAAUAUAA